AUGAAGGUGGCUGUGCUCGGCGUGGCCCUGCUCUUCUCCAUCCUGCUGUGCCUGCCAGCCCAGAGCGAGGGAGGCAUCGUAGGAGGUCUAGGUGGCUGCAUUAAGCUCUACUUCGUGCAGGUCCCAGAGCACAACGUGGUCUUUGAGGGUCUGGACUGUGACAUCUUUGAGGCUCCAAAGCACCCACCAUCAACCUCAUCCACCACAUCGUCAUCUUCAUCACCAUCCUCAUCAUCCAACACCACUGACACCGUCACCAUGACACCGGUAACACCAUCAUCACCUUUGUCAUCUUCAUCACCCACACCAUCACAUUCCAUCAAUAUCAUCGCCGUCACCUUUGUCAUCACCAUCUUCAUCACCCACACCAUCAUCUUCCUCACUGACACCUUCAUCUUCAUCACCUACACCUUCACAUUCAUCAUCAAUACCAUCAUCACCGUCACCUUUGUCAUCACCAUCUUCAUUGUCCACACCAUCAUCUUCCUCAUUGACACCUUUGUCUUCAUCACCCACACCGGUGACACGUACACCAUCAUCAUCAUCAUCAUGACCAUCACCAUCUCCGUCAUCAUCAUUACGAUCAGCCACACCUUGGUCUUCAUCAUCAACACCAGACAUCACCACCACCAUCUUCAUCACCCAACCACAUCACCAUCAUUACACCACCACCAUCAUCACCACCAUCACCACCAUGCCCUCCAUGUCCCCGUGUUCCUUCAGUGUGUUCCUCCAUGGUGA